AUGUUCCGGCUCCCGAGGAGGCGUCUUUACUGCUCGCGGUUUGGACCUCGUGUUUUUUUAAUACGGUCUGUUUACCCGCAGACAAUAUGCAGCGUUGCCGUUUUCCCGGUAGCGUAUCUUUUCCUAUUUCGGAUAGCGCUCGAUUUUUAUUGGAUACGAAACAGCUGGAAAUAUUUACCUGUCACGCGAAGCCAUGAUGAUAUUGCCAACGACAACUUGGCCUUCUCCGUGACAAUUUCGAUACGACUGGGC